CUUCGUUCCGUGUAAAAUCGAAGAACUGGUAGUGUUCGCUCGAUGAAGGCCUUCCAAACGGCAUUGGCGCUAUUCUGUGCCAUCCAUAUGACGACGGAGAAUCCAUGCCUUGGUGCUCCGAUUAGGGGUGGCUACGAGCCUUCGACGGUACAAUCCGACUACUUGAUGGAUCGUGCUGCCGCCGGUGGACUCCGGAGCUCAGUGAGCAGCUGGCAGCCUCGACGGCCCCAUGGGAUGCACAGCCGUGCACAGCUAUGAACGCGGCAUUACCUCAGAGACGUGCCUUGCGCGGAGAUCAUAUAAAGGCGAUCUUGGGUUGCCUGCGCGUUUGUUACGGGCUGCAAGCAGCUCGCUCACAAAGUUCGUCUCUUUCGUAUACAGAGGUGCCGGCCACUUCUUUGCGUGCCAUUAUAACGAAGGACUACUUAGUGUCCACUCGAUGAGGGCCUCCCAGACUCCAUUAGCGCUAUUCUAUGUCGUCCUUAUGACGAUGGCGCAUCUAUGUCUUGGUGCUCCGAUGAGGCGUGGCUACGAGUCGACGAGACAAUUCGAUUACUUAAUGGACCGUGCGGCAGAUGAACUCCAGCCUAGCUCAGCGAGCAGCUGGCAGCCUCGACGGCCCCAUGGUAUGCAAACUCAGGACAAACGUGAGCCGCAACAACUCACCAUAGAACAGCUGGAGGAACUAGGCUUCGGGACGUUGGUUGAUGGGGACAAGAAGGGCAAAUUUGUGUUCACGCCCAUGCCAGUGCCGAGCGAUCCGGCGGCUGCCCUGAGGGCUUACCUGAAAAGGGUAGGGUCGUGACACGACGGGAAUGGACGCACUGCUGUUGUUCUGCUUUGUAUUUCACCAGCCAGUGGGAAUCGGAAAUUUACAGAUCGUCCGAGAGACCAGUGGAGAUUGA